CUGACUAGAAAAGAAUUGACAGCUGCCACAUUAAAUGAAAUCUGUGCAUUAAAUAGCAAACAAAAAAGAUUAAACGAAGAUAUUGCGUAUUUGUUAAUUUAAUAAGUACCGCUUUGUUGAAGGAAUAGGAUCUCAAUAAAUCACUUUUGGAAAAUUAUUGAAACACGAGAGGAAUCCCAACAAAGGCCUGCCGCAAACACCUAUUUUUCUUGUUUACAACAAAAACACGUGUUACGCUUAUAUUCCAUACAUUUUUUUUUCUUCAGAAGAGAGUACCAAAACAAAACUUCAUCAUGGGUAUGGUACAGAAACGUAAGAAAAUGCACUAUGGCGAUACUCAUCUUCAGCGAAGAUGGCGUGUGCGUAAUCGCACCCGAGAUCUGGACCAAAUCGAUCAAGACAUACAAACUCAGUCGGCACAAUUGAUCAAUCAACCUGUAGAUUUGGAAAAGCCAGGUUUUGCCCAAUUCUAUUGCGUUCACUGUGCCAAGUACUUUAUCGAUGAUGUUGCCAUGCAAGCACACUUUCGUACUAAGGUCCACAAACGUCGUCUAAAGGCUUUGGAAGUUGAGCCUUACUCGAUAGAAGAAUCUGAACGUGCCGCUGGUCAUGGUAAUUAUCAAAAACCUAAGAAACGUCAUAUGGAAACUCAGCCAUCAAAAGAUGAAGUCAAAGCUGGUAAACGCAUUCGGGUAGAAGUAGUGGACGAAGAGGCAGCAACUACAUCGAAAAAAGCAGCAAAAAUGCAGAAAAUGGAAACAUAGUAUGUAAAAAGAGGGCUUCAAAUGGUACUGGCUUAGUGAUAAUGAUAUACAUAAUUUUAGGAUAAUUUCUCCCUUUUAAAAUAAAAUGAAUUUUCUAAAUGUAAAAAAAAAACAUUUUUUAUAAAUUGUAUGUAGAAAUCAUUAUUUGAGUAUUUCAAAUAUUGUAACUAAAAGAGACUCAAUGAAAAUGUAAUAAAAGGAAGUGAUGCCUUUGUCAAUCCAAAUGUCCUUUAAGGGGCUUUAUGUA